UCUUCAAUGGCAAUAAUAGCGGUGAAGAGAUGUCACACAGCGGUGGCCACAGAGGAUGAGGCGAAACAACUGACGACAGUGGAGGACAAGAGUGGAUACAUAUCUAAAUACUUCAUAAAACUACAUAUUCUCCACUCAAUUGCACUCAUUUGUGGGGCAAUCAUAAUAGUGUACGCAUUCAUCGACGUGAGCCCACAAAAGGAUGAUGACCUCAACUUUGCCUUUCAUUUCAUCUCAGUGUUUGUGAUGGCUAUCAUUGGUUUGGUAUCGUUUUAUACGGCAUACACGGCCUAUAGGAGGCCGUGCACCGCCACCAUAGACAGUGUCUGUUGUCAAGUAAUACCGGCGCCCGAGUUGUUCUCCAACUCCGAGAGACCGCACGUCUCGGCCUUCAGUCUGGGCGACCACUCCAUGAUUGCCGUCAUUGUGUUGGACUCCAUGGCAGCGCUUCUCCUACUCCUUACAUCCUUCCUAUACUUCAAAGACGUCCGAAACGAAGCAAAACUAUCCGGAUAUCUGUCUAAACCGCUAAGACGUCGGGUCUUAACCAACAUUUGCCACAAUAUGACGAUUAAUAGCCAUAAGACGGCUGUCCGCACACCCUGUCACCACAUCCACAGACAAUUGAAUGCCAUCUCGUCUUCACUGUUGACAUCGCAUCCAAACGUGAAGUUUAAGUUGAAUUUACUGCUGGCGGCCACCACUUCGGCCCCCUAUUCAUCCACCACUACCUCCGAUGACCACAAGACGGCCAGUGAUAGUAAAGACACCAAAACAGGCGACAAAGGCGUCGGCGGCGAUGGGAAGGAGAAGCCGUCGGUACCGAAGCCGCUGUCGAUCGCCACCAACGAAGACAUUAAAGUGGUGCCGAAGCUAUCGAAAGACAGGUCCAAAGACAAGUCGUCGUUCAGUAACCUGACGACUGGCCGCAACUUCAUAACACCCAUCCGUGCCAUGAAUGAGUACCUCCUGAAGCCCAACGACUUGAAUGAGUUGCGAAAGUUUCAGCGCCGGAGUCCAUACGCCAACGAACCGCCGAUUACGGUGUACCUCAGGAAAGACAUCGAGACGAAAGCGCUGCAGGUUUGGGGCUCUUUCGAUGUCUUACAUAAAGCGCUUCUGAAGCGCAAAGAAGAGGAGCAGAAGUAUAUCGACAGCGUGUUUCACGUGAAGAAGUUACUGAAGGACUAUAAGCGAGCGCACGAUCCCGAGGCUAAGAUGAGGGACGAGAUAUUGCGGGGUUCGGGACGGGUAGUGAUGACCGCUGUCUAUGAGGGACGAGAUAUUGCGGGGUUCGGGACGGGUAGUGAUGACCGCUGUCUAAAUGGGGCCAAUUUUAUAUUCAAAUCGCUCGCCUGGCUGUACACCGGCUCCCACUCCCUGUUCGCCGAAGCCAUACACUCAUUAGCCGACACCUGUAACCAACUGAUCCUGGCGUUCGGCAUACGAAAGUCGCUGCAGAGGGCCAACGCCGACCACCCCUACGGCUACCAUCCCAUGCGGUACAUCGCGUCACUCAUCUCCGGUGUGGGCAUAUUCUGCGCGGGCACUGGACUCUCGUUUUACAACGGCAUCGACGGGCUCCUACACCCACAGCACGUGGAGUCGCUGUACUGGACGUUCUUCAUAUUGGGCGGGAGUCUCAUCUCAGAGGGCGGGACUCUACUCAUCGCACUGAACGCCGCCCGGAAGGGCGCUCAGAGGGCCGGCUGUUCUCUCAAGGAAUACGUGUAUCGCGGAUCCGAUCCCAGUGUGAACGUCGUGCUACUGGAGGACAUCGCGGCGGUGAUCGGGGUAGUGAUCGCGGGCUCCUGUAUGGGUCUGACCACGUACUUCAAUACUCACAUAUACGACGCGGCCGGUUCGCUG